AAUAAUAAUAAUAAUAACAAUAGUUUUGCUUCAUAUAAAAAAUCAAUAAAUGAUAAUAUAAAUAUUAAUGUCGAAAAGAAAAUAACCAAGAAAUUAAAGAAAAAGAGUAGAAGCAAUUCACAAAAGUUUUGGAGGUUAAUUGGAAUACUGUUAAAUAUUAUAGGCAUAUCAUUAUUGGUUUUUACAAUUUUUAUUGGUCUUCGUAUUGACGAUUUCAUAGAUUGGAACUAUUGGGUUUUGUUUGUACCAGUUUAUGUAGUUUUGGCAACAGGUUAUUUUGCAACCAAUUCAAGAAUUCUUUCAAAUUUGGUAUCAUGGUUGGUUAGGUUAUCUUAUCGUGUUUCAGUAGUUGGAUCAUCUUUUUUUGUGGUGUUUGCAAUUUUAAGAUUGAAAUACUCUCUGUUUAGGUUCUCCAUAAUGAUGAUUCCAUUACUACUCACCUCUGGUUUCACUUUAUUGCUUGGUUUAUAUGCUGUUAUUUUUGGUGCUUGUGUAAAGGAUAAACCCCAAACCAAAACAAAGUAUUUUGUCAAUGGGUAUCCACUGUUCUUUUUGGGUUUAAUGAUGACGCCGGCCUGUCUGAUGAUUGCUUUAAAGCUGGAUAACUAUAGCGAUAUGAAAUGGGCAGUUUGUUUUGUUCCUUUGUUCAUUGGCGAUAUAGUUGCAUCUUGCUUCUCUUUCUUCUUAUUUAUUUUCAGUCUCGGUUCUAAAGAUACCGCUACAUUUUCAAUUGGUCAAAUUUUAUCCAUAUUAAUUCUAACCAUUUGUUCAGUUGUUUUUAAAAUUUUAUUGGUUUUAAAACUGGAUCAAAGUUAUUCGUUUAAAGGCAUUUUUAUCUUUAUACCAGCAUUCAUUGGUGAAUUGGUAGUUAUUUUUUGUGGUUUUAAUCUCUUUCUUAAACCACCUCAAACCAACGUACUCGAAUCAACAGGAAAUGACGAUGAAUCAUCACUACUUAUAAAGGAAGAUGAUGAAAGCGAUGAAGAGGACGAAAUCGAAAACGAAAAUGAAAAUGAAAAUGAAAAUGAAAAUGAAAAAUCACUCAAAGAU